AUUAUUUGUCUUAUGGUUAAUAUGGUUUGCAACAUCACUAUGUGGUUAUGCAGUUGAUUUAAAUUCAUCACGGAUAAGUGGUAAUCUAUUCCUUAAUCAAGCAUUAUUUUCCAUCCUUAUUGCUAUCUCUAAGAUAAUGUUGGUCAUUUUCGAUACAUUUAAUAAAAAUUUUAAUCGUCGUAAAUUACAUCAAUAUGCUCAAUUUAAUGUCUGUAUAUGCUUUCUAACAUUAACCAUCCUUGUUUAUUUCCAUUAUCAGGGUAUUGCUAUACUUGUAAUUAAUCUAAUUGGUACAGUAUUUAUCGAGUAUACAUGGGAUGCAUGUUAUUUAUGUGCGAUCGAAUCGAUGCCAACAUCCAUGCGUGCUUCUUCUCUUGGUUCAUGCUCUUUUAUUGCUAGAAUCGGUGCUUUAUUUUCACCGACGAUCUUCUUUUUGUCAAAUAUAUGGCCACCAUCACCUUAUCUUAUCGUUGUAAUAGUUGGCCUAAUUAGCUUAACUUCAUCAUGCCUAUUUUUGGUAGAAACAAAAGACGUUCACCUUGACAAAGUGGAUGAAGAAAGUGUCUGCAUUGAGGAGGAGCAAAUACCAAUGGUAUCAGGGGAACAGUAA